AUGAUCGCUUUCGCCGCGACCGCGUACUACAACACAAUCGAGACGUUCUUCUCCAUAUUCACCACGUUCAAGAGGCGGCGGGGACGAUACUUUUGGAGCAUGAUUGUGUCCAACACUGGAAUCAACAUCAACGUCAUCGCGUUCUUGUUGCGAUACUUCGGAUACUACCACCAGGCAAUCUUCGCAUCGAGCAUCAUCAUUCCGAUAGCGUGGUACUCGAUGGUGACGGGGCAGGCGAUCGUUCUUUGGUCUCGACUACACCUCGUCGUCCACAGUCAACGAAAGAUUCGCAUGAUAUUGGCGAUGAUCAUAUUCAACGCAGUCACAAUGCACAUUCCCGAAACGGUCAUCUUCUUCCUGGCGAACUCGAAUCACCCCGGAGAGUGGGUUUUACCUUUCAAGAUAUAUGAAAAGGUCGAGCUAGUUGUCUUUACCAUACAAGAAACCAUCAUUGCCGGGCUUUUUCUAUACGAGGGCUACUUCAGCCUCAAGCCGCUCAGCGCGAUCAAACCAAAGGCCGUUGCGAAUAUGGUCCGACAUCUCGGCGGUCUCUUCGCUGUAGUAUUUCUUCUCGAUACCGGCUUGAUCAUCCUCGAGUACAACGACAAGUUUGAGGUGCAGACGAUGUGUAAGCCUUUCGUGUACAGCGUCAAGCUGAAGGUCGAAUUCGUCGUCUUAAACAAGCUGCUCUCGUUUACUCGAAUGAGUACGUGUAACUGCCGAGGACCGGAAAGCAUGAAGUCGGUCACACUACCCGACAGCAACAACAGGACCAAGGUUGGACAGGGUGCUGUUCUUGUGGCGCUUCCCGAUAUCGAACAGACCGGCGGAUCUCUUUCGCCACUACAGACGACGUUCAGAGAUCGCAUUUACGACGGAGAACCACCUGAUGGAGUUCCUGUGCGCCGAGGGUCGAAAAAGAGUCGACUGAGUAUCAGAGAAACGGAGGUCGCUCAUGAUGAGGAGCCAUUAAAAGAGAAGGUGACGGCAACAAGUAGCAACGGAUGA